GGCUGAACUUGCUUCAUUCUUCAUCAGUUCUGUACUGAGCUUCUUUCUUCUAGCAAAGUGAUCUAGUAAUCAAGUUCUGGUAAGAUGGACAAGCUGAAUUUUGUUAAAGAUGGGGCGGUUAAUUUGCCUCCAGGUUUCCGGUUUCAGCCUACAGAUGAGGAGAUUGUGUUUCAGUACUUGGCACGUAGAGUAACGUCCUCGCCUUUGCCUGCUUCAGUCAUUCCUGACAUUGAGAAUAUCUUCAAUUAUGAUCCUUGGACCUUGCCAGGUGAUGUGGAGGAGGACAAGUACUUCUUUAGCAAGAGAGAAGAUAAGUACAGGAAUGGGAACAGAAGUAACAGAGCAAGUGCAAGUGGCUACUGGAAAGCCACAGGACUCGACAAACAUAUAACGUUCCCUACAAGGAGGAAUAUUAAGCAACCUAUAAUGGGAAUGAGGAAGACACUGGUUUUCUACAGAGGGAAGCAUCCUCAUUCCUCCAGAAGCAACUGGAUCAUGCACGAAUAUCGGCUACUUCAAUCACUAAACAAUCAGAAUUGUAUGAAGCAAAUGGGUGAUUGGGUUCUGUGUCACAUUUUUUCAAAGAAUGAUGAUGCAAUGGCAGGCUCUCUGUGUUACGAUGAAUCGAGUUAUUGUACCUCUUCUUCUACCUCAUUCUGUAUGGGUUCAAGUGUAAUGGCAGACCAGCAGGGCUCCUCAUAUGAAUCAGAUCAUGAAGAAACUAGUACUGCCUACAAUAUGUAGCUCGUUUCUACGUACGUUCCUCCAUCAAAUUAAAGCCAACUCCACAAGCAUUUUAUUUGUAAAUUUGAUGUUAGAAAUUUUCAUCUAUUUCUUUAAAGAUCAUUUUCACUACAUGCAUGUGUAGAGCUUACAAAUGAACUGAGUUGUGAAGAAGCUGAAACUCAAAGCGAGACAGCAAUUAAAUAUAUGUAAGAUGUUUUGAAAGAAAUAAACUUGAUUUGUAAGA